AUGGUCAACAUUGUCUUGUUCCUGAUCUUCAAGGAAAAGCUUUCAACCUUUAACCAUCAAAUAAUUGACAUAGGGGAGAGUAUAUCUAUUCCAGAUGAAUUUACUGAGCAAGAGAAGCAUUCUGGAGAUUGGUGGAGGCGUUUGGUGGCAGCGGGUAUAGCCGGGGCAGUUGCAAGGACAUGCACGGCACCUUUUGACCGCUUGAAAGUCAUGAUGCAGGUUCAUAGUUUAAAGUCAAGGAGACUGAGAUUGAUUGGUGGGUUUGAGCAGAUGGUAAAAGAAGGAGGAAUUCAUUCUCUUUGGCGGGGGAAUGGUGUAAAUGUUUUUAAAAUUGCACCUGAGACAACACUCAAGAUUGGGGCCUAUGAACAGUAUAAAAAAUGGCUUAGUUUUGAUGGUGCUAAAAUAGGAAUUACUGAGAGAUUUGUAUCUGGCUCAUUGGCUGGUGCAACUGCCCAGACCUGUAUUUACCCCAUGGAGGUUCUAAAGACCAGAAUGAUUCUUGGUGAAACUGGACAGUAUUCUGGGAUUAUUGAUUGUGGCAAGAAGUUUCUGAAACAAGAAGGUGUUAGAACCUUUUUCAAAGGUUAUAUUCCUAACUUUCUAGGUAUUCUACCUUAUGCAGGCAUAGAUUUGGCUGUUUAUGAGCUUUUGAAGAAUUAUUGGCUAGAACAUUAUGCAACAAAUUCUGUAUACCCUGGGAUAAUAAUUUUGCUGGGAUGUAGUACACUGUCUCACACUUGUGGUCAGAUAGCCAGCUUCCCUCUGAACCUUGUCAGAACUCGCAUGCAGGCUCAAGCACUGGAGGAAAAAGGAACAACUUCUAUGAUUCAUUUCAUUCAAGAGAUACAUAACAAUGAAGGAAAAAAGGGAUUUUUCAGGGGUCUCACCCCAAACAUCAUAAAGGUGCUUCCUGCAGUAAUCAUCAGCUGUACAGCUUAUGAAAAAGUGACACAACAUAUGGGAUUAAUUUAAAAGUG